CAUUCCAGUCUGGCUUUACCUGCCUUCCCCCAAAGCCUACCCGAAGGAACACAUCCCCACUAAUCACCCUUAACACUUCUUAACACCAUUCAUCAUACCCUGCAGCUUUGCUUUUUAAUUGGGUUUUUCCUGGAGGAACUUAUCCUGCUCAAAAGCCUUUGAAAAGACAUUUCACUCUCUGCGUUAUUACUUAAUGAAAAGAAAUUAAGCGUCUUGCUUAACUGUGCUGGCAGUAACGCGCGGUUUGCCUUGGCAGGACUCGACGCACGUCCAAAGAACCCUCUUCGCAGUUACAUAUCAGUCCCAAAGCACCCAGCCAUAACAGAUGUCCAAAAAUCGUACUGCGAAUAAAUAGCCCUUUGGUAAUGCCGAUAAAUAGUUUCCAACAACGAUAGCUUUAUUAUCAUUUUAUGAGAUGCUAACUACCAGCAGCCGACGAGAUUAGGAAAUAUACAUUAAUGUUAAAAUUGGUUGGAAAACGACCACGGAGGAAUGUUUAAUAUAUAUGAGUUUUCCACCAAGUAAAACCAGAGCAAGAAAUCAACGCUCCUGACUCCUUUUGCUGUCACGCCUCACUUUCAGGAAUUUUUAGGAAUUGUUUUUAUGGCUACAAACAUCUGUGCAAUUGGGAUUUAUUGUGUGGCAAGACAUACAGAAGUCCAGUUAAUCUUAGACGGAUCGCCCCCGUUUGGGGGACGAUGUAACUCAGAAAGUAAAACGAAAUCUUUGUGGAGUGGAACGCAUCUGACGUGUUUAUUCUUCUCGAUUCCCAAAAAAAUAUGCUAAGAUUUAAUGCCAAACACCUCGGAAAAAUAAUAACAAUAAAAAAACCUACUUCUUGCCGUCAGUGUUUUAACUGCUACUGACAAACACUAAAGCCACAAAAGUCAGUACUUUGCAUUAUGUCUGUCAGUGCUGGUAUUGGAUUUAUAUUGGUUGCCCCAAGUGUAAAAACAAAGUGUAAUCUGAAGAAAUAUCGUGUAACCACUUCACUGUAAGGUUUAGAAAGGCAGCGUUGAGAUAUGGGCUCAGGCUGGGCUGAGUGAGCUACAGAGACGCGUUAUGGAGCUGCGGCUUCACAUCGCCUAUGGAACACUGCUGUUGUACCCUUGUGUAGGAAAUUAAACUUCAUCAAGCUGCCUGCUGAAAUAAUCGGUUUACUGCAUGUCGGAGAAAUGCUAGUGUGCUAUGGAGGACCAGUGUCGCCAAAAUGAGUUCGGACACUGAUGAUGCUGCGAAGUUUUGGAGUAACGGAUCCUCGGAGCUGUACGGCGGGUUACUGUUGGAGCCCAACAGCACAAAUCUGACUUCGGGGAAUGAGUCCGAACCGAAUGCACUGGACCUCACUCGGGCGGUCCCCCUGGGUAUGGUCUUGGGCGCAUUUAUCGUUUUCGCCAUCGUGGGCAAUAUCCUUGUCAUUCUUUCUGUGGUGUGCAACAGGCAUCUGAGGACCCCCACAAACUAUUUCAUUAUCAACUUGGCCAUCGCCGACUUGUUGCUGAGCACCACGGUCCUGCCUGUCUCCGCCACCUUGGAGAUCCUCAACUACUGGGUGUUCGGCAGGAUCUUCUGCGACAUUUGGGCGGCGGUGGACGUGUUAUGCUGCACAGCAUCCAUCAUGAGCUUGUGCGUGAUCUCCAUAGAUCGCUACAUCGGAGUGAGCUACCCGCUACGGUAUCCCAGCAUCGUUACAGAGAAGAGAGCUCUCCUUGCCAUGUUCGGGGUGUGGGUUCUGUCGGUGGUCAUUUCGAUCGGACCUUUGCUAGGUUGGAAGCAGGCGCCCUCACCUGACGACAGGGUAUGCAGAAUUAACGAGGAGCCCUUUUACGCACUGUUUUCAUCCCUAGGAUCCUUCUACAUACCUUUGGUGGUCAUACUGUCCAUGUACUGCCGAGUGUACAUAGUGGCCAAAAAGACAACUAAGAACCUGGAGGCCGGCGUGAUGAAGGAGCGGACGGACUCCAGUGAGCUCACGCUCCGGAUCCACAAAGGAUCGCAGCUUCACGAGGACAGCGGGAGCACCGGCAAGGGCCGGGGUCAGCCAAGCCGGAGCUCCCUCACCGUCAAGCUGCUCAAGUUCUCACGGGAAAAGAAGGCUGCUAAAACCUUGGGCGUUGUAGUCGGCAUGUUCACCUUGUGCUGGCUGCCCUUCUUCAUCGCGCUGCCCAUUGGGUCGUUCAACGCCAGCCUGCGUGCUCCUAAACCCCUCUUCAAUGUGAUCUUCUGGCUCGGUUACUUCAACAGCUGUCUGAACCCCAUCAUCUACCCCUGCUACAGCCGGGAGUUCAAGCUGGCCUUCAUCCGCAUCCUCAGGUGCCAGUGCCGGCACAGGAAACGCCCAGGCUGGAAGGCCUACAACUACCGGAGCUCCCACCUCAGCUCCUCCAGCAACUCGAGGAAAGACUCCGUGGGCAACAACUCCACCUGCCUCAACGGUAGCCAGCGGACGCUCUCCUCAGCCACCCCCAGCCCCAGCUAUCUUCACAAGGGCGCCCCGGUGGAGCUCAGCGCCUACCACACAUGGGCGUCCACCUCCCCUUCCUCCCUGCCUGGAAGCCCCUCUGACAGCCAUCUGGGAGGGUACUUGUACCUGAGCCCUAGCAACAGGCUCAGUGCACACAGCAUGUUGUGUCCUGGGGAGCUACAGUCCACUAGCCUCCGGCUCCCGUGCGGGCAGAACGGCAGCAGGUGUGUGGAGCAUGAUCAGCGGACCAGGACGGCCCUGGAAAGUGUGCUGUGACGUAUGAGCUUUCUCCCCGCUGAGAUGAGUCCCACACCCAUAGCCUGGCCCCAAACCCUCGGCCAUGUGCAUUAACCUUGAAAGGGGCAGAGAGGAUAUUUGGGGAUAAACGCAGUCUGUAUUCGUCAGCGUGCAAUGGACUGUACCGGGGGGGCUAACACUUGUUCAGUUAAACGGGAUGUUCGCUGAGAACAUUUCUAAUAGGCACUGCAAGUGUCAGUCAGCGAUGACACUUAUAGCCUUAACCAAUCAGCAGUGAUUUCAGGGGUAUCAGCAAAUGAAUGUGAGAGAAACCAGCAAGAAAAUACCAGGCCAAGCUAUGAAUGAGGGAGUAUUACACCAGGUUUACAUCCCGUGUAUAGAUAUCACAGUAAAGUGGCGAACCUGACUUUUUGCAUAUGUGCCGUGCGCCAUCAUGUUCCUGCCGGCGCACGAUCUGACAUGGCGUUCCAGCAUUACAGACAUUUCUGUGCAGGAAACCAGAAGAAUAACACUGUCUGUUUCUUUGACUGAUGGUUCAUGUGUCAUCCAUACCAAACAAUAAGCUGCACUUAUCAUUCCGUAACGCGGGGUGUCAAACGACCGGACAGGUCACGUGGUGCUUCUGAGCACUGUUUACAUGUGGAACCCGCAUUUACAUCUGUGCUGUGCAUAUCGGACUCAAUUUACGCUCACAUGAUCCCUGUGGCUUUGUUUUCAUUAUACAGUUAAAUUAUCAGCUUUUACUUUGGAACUGAAAUGAAAUUUAAAAGUAAAAAUUAUGAAAAAUGUAUUAUGCCAAUUUGAAUCCUGUAUAGCAAAUAUAUUAAACAUUGCAAUUUUAUCUUUA